AUGCCUCGACACGGACUUCCAUUCCAAGAACCCGCGCUCCUCUCUCAAAACGACGUUACGACCGGGAAGCUCCUCGUGUUUGUGGAUGCGACCGCGCAAUGGUGUGCCGCGGACGUCGAGCGCGACCUAGAGCACCUGAGCGCGCUGACUUUGACGCCAAAGGCAGACCACGAUGAGCCGGACAGUGAAGCACCGCCCCGUGUUGCCGAACUCUCGCCUCGGUGUCCGUCCGAGGGCUCGACCGUGGAUGAACACGACGACGAAUGCGGAAAUGGCAUCGACGCGACGACACUCAACGACACAAACCCCCACAAAUCCCGCGCUUUGACAAUGUUUGAAGACAACGAAACCAAGUUUUGA